GGUUCUCGUGUACCACAGCCACACUGUUUAGCUGGUGAGUGAGAAAUAUCUACUAUAUAGGCAUUUUUCACAGGACCCUAUGAUGUACAACAUACCAGUGCCUGUAUUGUGUGUGCUACUGACCCUGGGACUGUGUCUCUGCUCCUCCCCCCCAGAGGAUUACGUGUAUCAGUACAAGGCUCAGUGUUACUUCAGGAAUGGCACCGACAAUGUCAGGCUUCUGUGGCGCCACUAUUAUAACCUGGAGGAAACCGAUUACUUUGACAGUGAUGUGGGUUUGUUUAUUGCUAAAACCGAGCUGGGGAAACCGAGUGCGGAUUAUUGGAACAGCCAGAAGGAGACCCUAGAGCAGAAACGGGCUGUGGUGGAUACAGUCUGCAGAUACAACUAUCCGUUCGAUAAACCCUUCACUAUAGACAGGAAAUCUCAACCCAAUGUGAAGAUUGUAAACACAAAGACAUUGGAUUUGGAACAUGAAAACCUGAUAACCUGCUUUGUGGGUGGGUUUUUUCCUCCUUUGAUAAAGGUGACUUGGCUGAAGAAUGGGAUUGAAGAAGGAGAGCAGGUCACAUCCUCAGAGUUACUACAGAAUGGAGACUGGACAUUUGAAAUCCAUGUGAUGUUGGAGACAACCAUUAAACAUGGUGACACUUUCACCUGCCGGGUGGAGCACAGCAGCCUUCAACAACCUGUAUAUUUAAACUGGGAGCCAGAUGUAUCUGAAUCUGCUCGCAAUAAGAUGUUGACUGGUAUUAUUGGGUUUGUGCUUGGAUCCAUCUUCAUCAUAGUUGGCUUCGUAGUCUACCUCCGGAGUAAGAAGACUAUGACUCACUUUUCAGCUGUACAGAAUGAAAAUCUAAUGUAAUGAUAUCAGAAGAAGACAUUAUUAACAACAGGAGUGGGACUGAUAUAAUCAAGGAAUUAUGUUCUGCUUUGGGGAAUCUGCUAAAACCCAAAUCACUACCCUGUGAUUUUUACAAAUCAUGCUGUAAUUUCUUCAUAACAUGUAUAUGAGCCAUCUUCAGUUUAUAAAACCACAUGUAGGAAAUGAAAAUAUUAAGGACAUGGGGUGUAAUCUGCAACACAUUUUUUUUUUUAGCUGGAGGAGUAAUGCCCAGUUGUGGGUAUUUAGCCUGUCAUUUAGUUUAAAGGAAUCUGCCUGUAACUAGUAGGUACAACAUUUUUGUGUGAAAUCCAGCUGUCUCUACAUGCUUACAUUGAACUGUAUGACAGACCAAAUGGCCAUGAUCAGGUAUUUCACUGCCAUCUGUAAAGACUCAGAAGUACAGAUUAUUUCUUUGUGCCAUAGGCCAAAUUACUUUCUCUUAUUGGAUUACCUAUAUGUCUUGUUUACUUUUCUGAUAGUAGAUCAAACUGAAAUAUGUCAUAUUAUUGUGUGUAUAUGGUUGUUUUUUAUAUAGCAUGAUUAUGUGGUUCUAAUAUUACUUUUUAAUUCUAGAUUAAAUUUAGUAUUUCAUAAAACUUAAUUUGCUCUGAGAACAUUCUUUUUCUCUCUCUCAUGUUUUGCUUUUACCCCUCUACUAAAUGUUCUUGGGUUCAUUUACCAUCCCCUGAUGUCUUUUUACUUCCCCACCUUUCACCAAUAUCAUUGUGUAGUCCUAUCUAUUAUGUUUAUGUUAUUUUCAGAUUCUUCCUCAUUUAUCCCAUUCUCUUUUGUCAUAUUCACUCUGUUCUGAACACUUUGUAUUCAAAUUAUAACAAUGAUAAUAAAGUUAUAAAACUA